ACUACAGCCAACUCACUCGCUCUCAUCACUUCACACUCCAAGCCAGUGCUAGCUAGCCUCCUUUCCCCUUGCUUGUGAGAGAGACAGUACAGUAGAACUGCCAUGGCUCAGGGAAGGGGCAGUGCUCGUGGCAGCAACGCCGUCGUGCUGGCGCUGGUCCUCCUCUGCGUGCUCCUCCACGGCGAGUUCGCCGAGUCGGCGGUGUACACCGUCGGCGACCGCAGCGGGUGGAGCUUCAACACCGCCAACUGGCCCAAGGGCAAGCGCUUCCGCGCCGGCGACGUGCUCGUGUUCAAGUACAACGCCAAGGCGCACAACGUGGUGCCCGUGAGCGCGGCGGGGUACAGGUCGUGCAGCGCGCCGAGGGGCGUGAGGGCGCUCACCACAGGCAACGACCGCGUCACGCUUAAGCGCGGCGCCAACUACUUCAUCUGCAGCUUCCCAGGCCACUGCCAGGGCGGCAUGAAGAUCGCCGUCACCGCCGCGUGAGGCGUGGUGAUCGAGGCACGCGGCCGGCCGAUCAGGUCAGCCGGCGGCCGGCGACCGCGCCGCGCCGCGCGCAUGGACACGGGCUCGAUCGGUGGCCAGCUUACUACUACUAUUAAUUUCCUCUCUUCAAAGUAAAGCACGUAGCUAACUAGACGGUGCCGCUCUGUAUCUCUGUUGUUCAAUAAUACCCGUGUCGUGUCGUCGCGUACUUAACCUGCGUGUUAGGAGUGUUGUUAGGUGUUUGGAGACUGGCACUAUAGAGAAGGGUCAGAUCGAGUGAUGUACUACUGAUGCGUGUAUUUGUGUGUUUAUGUGAAGAACAAUAAAGGCAUACGGCGUUUGUGUGCUAUGUA